AUGGCGUCCAGUGGCUCGUCAUCAGCCACAGAAUCCAACCCCUCCCAUACUAGCAGAUGUGCGUAUUCCUCUGCAUGGGUGGCAACAACCGUUCUAGUCACAUGCAUCAACAACUUCCGCUGCAACAGAGGCCCCGCUUUCGGCAUUCUCAAAGGCUUUUUCGGUUUGAGCAUCGCCAUAUUCACCGACCUCUAUUAUGUUCUCUUCGCCGACGACCCUGCUUCCUUUCUCUUCAUGCUUGCCUUUAUCCCUUUCUCCAUUUUCCUCUUUGGAAUGUUUUUCCUCCGUGAGAUUCCUCCCGCCGCCACCAAUGACGAGGAAGAGUCUACUUAUGUCACAAUUUUCAACGCGGUUGUUGUCAUCGUCACCAUUUACCUUUUGGUUUUCGGGUUUAUGCCGAACCCUAGCGCUUUGGUGUCUCAAGUAUUCACUGUGGUUUUGCUACUUCUAUCUGAGUUUGCUCGUCUAAACAUUCAAGGGUUUUACACCAUCGUAUUGGAGAAAGAGGAUGUGUUAAUAUCUGUAGCAUCUAUCAGGGUGCAUGGAACUAUAGUAGGAGAGAUGCCUCUAAUUGCAACUUGCAGUCAGUAUUGUCACCAAGGAAUAUGUCGACUCCUUGUGAGUGCUAUUGAGCAGGUGGAAAAGCUUGUGAUGUCAGCCAUUCCAGAUUUGGUUAAGACGUGGACAAAGGGCUUUGGAUUUAUACCUGUUGAUGACAUCGAAAGUAUCAAGGAUACUAUAACAACUGUUACAGGAAAUAUGGUACCAUUUCAUCACACUGUUGUUAAUCAGGGGGGUUUCAGUGAUUUGGUUUUAGGUUGUGCACAUUGUGGAAUGGUUGCUGCUGUUCGAUGGAUUGCAAAGCUCGCAACUCCUUGUCUCCUUGAAGCACUUGGUCACUACUGA